AUGUCUCAGAAGUCCGCUAUCAUCUCUGUCUACGACAAAACUGGACUGCUGGACCUUGCCAAGGGUCUGGCGGACCAGAAUGUCCGUCUUCUUGCGUCUGGUGGCACUGCCAAAAUGAUUCGUGAAGCUGGCUUCCCUGUCGAGGACGUCUCUGCCAUCACCCAAGCCCCCGAGAUGCUGGGUGGCCGUGUCAAGACCCUCCACCCCGCUGUCCACGGUGGUAUCCUCGCCCGUGAUAUUGAGUCCGACGAGAAGGAUCUUGCCGAGCAGAAGAUCUCCAAGGUUGACUUCGUUGUCUGCAACCUGUACCCCUUCAAGGAGACCGUAGCCAAGGUGAACGUGACGAUCGACGAGGCCGUGGAGGAGAUUGACAUCGGUGGUGUUACCCUGCUCCGUGCCGCAGCCAAGAACCAUAAGCGUGUCACUAUUCUCUCCGACCCCAACGACUACCCUGAGUUCCUGAAGGAGCUUAAGGCCGGCCAGAUCAGUGAGGCCAGUCGCAAGCAGUAUGCUUUGAAGGCCUUCGAGCAAACCGCUGACUACGACUCUGCCAUCUCUGGCUUCUUCCGCAAGGAAUACGCGGGCAACGGCGCCCAGCAGCUCUCUCUGCGCUACGGUAUCAACCCUCACCAGAAGCCCGCCUCGGCCUACAUGCCUCAAGGCAAGCUUCCUUUCAAAGUCCUCAACGGCUCCCCUGGCUACGUGAACCUUCUCGAUGCUCUCAACGCCUGGCCUCUGGUCAAGGAGCUGAAGCAAGCUCUCGGUUACCCCGCCGCCGCUAGCUUCAAGCACGUUUCCCCCGCUGGUGCCGCCAUCGGUGUGCCCUUGAACGAGAAGGAGCGCAAGGUCUACAUGGUUGACGACAUCAAGGGCAUCGAAUCCUCGGGUCUUGCUCAGGCUUACGCUCGUGCCCGUGGUGCGGACCGCAUGUCCAGCUUCGGUGACAUCCUUGCCCUCAGUGACAUCGUUGACGUCCCCACCGCCAAGAUCGUCUCUCGCGAGGUCUCCGACGGUGUCAUUGCCGCCGGCUACGAACCCGAGGCCCUCGAGAUCCUGUCCAAGAAGAAGGGCGGCAAGUACCUGGUCCUGCAGAUGGACGAGGACUACACGCCCCCCGGCGAGGAGAGCCGCACCGUGUACGGCGUCCAGCUGACCCAGCACCGCAACGACAUCGUCAUCUCACCCAGCAAGACCUUCAACUCCAUCAUCACCCCCAAGGGUCUCUCUGCUCUGCCCGAGGCUGCUCUCCGCGAUCUGACCGUCGCUACCAUUGCGCUGAAGUACACUCAGUCCAACUCCGUCUGCUACGCCCUGAACGGCCAGGUCAUCGGUCUCGGUGCCGGCCAGCAGAGCCGUAUCCACUGCACCCGUCUUGCCGGUGACAAGGCCGACAACUGGUGGAUGCGCUUCCACGACCGUGUCAUCAACAUCAAGUGGAAGCAGGGCACCAAGCGUGCGGACAAGAGCAACGCUAUUGACCUACUCUGCUCAGGCCAGACUCCCCGUAAUGAGGCCGAGAAGGUCGAGUAUGAGCGUGUCUUCGAAGAGGUCCCUGCUCCUUUCACUCAAGAGGAGCGAGAGGCUUGGCUCCAGAAGCUCAGCGAGGUCGCUGUGUCCUCUGACGCUUUCUUCCCCUUUAUCGACAACGUUUUCCGUGCUGCCCGCUCAGGCGUCAAGUACAUUGCUGCUCCUACUGGUAGCCAGAACGACACCCCUGUCUUCGAGACCGCGGAGAAGCUGGGUAUCACCUUUGUUGAGCAGGGGGUCCGUCUGUUCCACCACUAG